AUGCUUUCGCGUGCGCUCGUUUGUCGUGGUUUCUUCUAUGGUCAGCAACGGUCAUUGGCAAAAGCUCCAUGGCUUCGAGUGGCCUUUAGCAGUAAGGCUCCAUCGUCAGACCAUAAUAAAAUAGAGCGCAUCUGGAGGCUACUGUUCGGGCGCUAUCUCCUCGUGACCAACACCGUCAGUUCCGGGGUGCUGAUGAUGCUUGGAGACAUUGCGGCGCAGGAGAUUGAGAUGCGACGGGAUCAUACGGCACCUUCUACCGGAUACGACUGGCGGAGAGUUUUUAACAUGACACUCGUUGGAAUUUCACAAGGCCCAUUGCAUCAUUACCUGUACAAGUGGAUGGACGUUCUGCUGCCCGGGGCAAGCGUGCGCACGGUGUUUAAGAAGAUUGGCAUCGAUCAGUUCGUUAUCUCGCCGAUCUUCAUCAUAACCUACCUCUACAGUGCCGGCUUGCUCGAGGGCGCCUCCGUCCGCGACUGCACCGACGAACUGAGGCACAAAUACUGGACGAUCUACAUGGCCGACUGGCUCGUGUGGCCACCGACGCAGUUCAUCAACUUUUACCUUCUCAGUCCCAAGUAUCGUGUGCUGUACAUCAACGGCAUCACCAUGCUGUACAAUGUGUUCCUUUGCUACAUUAAGCAUAACGACGAUUUGGUUUCACUCAUCACCGGCGGUGAUGGCGGAACCGAGGGAAAGGACAAAAAGACGGCCAAAGAUUCGUGAUACUAAACACAUACGGUAAAGAAUAGUACGAGUUGAUUAAUUUCUUCAACGAUUAUUUAGUUUCCCCCAACAAACAUUCUUACUCUCACGUGGAUGUACUUAAUAUACCCUCCGUUCUCCGUAUUCGUUAUUGUAUAUCCUAUUUUAUCCUAGUUGUAUUAUUGCCUUGUUCUAAGACCUUUUGCGUCCACAGGUGAUUUAUCGCCGACGAAAUGGACCACCGAACGAUAGUAAUACUUGUUUAUUGCUCAGAUUUUGUGCGCUGUGUCGGCAUCGCCACGGGUAGGUAGUAAACCGGAGGGGGG